AUGCCGAGCCUUGUGCUGAAGACGAAUCUCGCGGCAAAGACCCUGAACAAGCCGGAGGUCUACAUCUCUGUCAGCUACGACUACAGUGAGAACCUCACCUUCAAUGGCUCGUUCGACCCGACUUUCCUGCUCACCGUCACUAGCCUGGACAAUAUCACGCCGGAACUGAACGAGGGCUAUAGCAAGGUCCUGUACAAUUUUCUUGAGAGCAAGCUUGGUAUCCCAGGCGACCGUGGCUACAUUACGUUCCUUGAUCCUGGACGUGCAUAUAUGGGUUACCAGGGAACGACUUUCGGUACGAUAUUCGGUCCCAAGCACUGA